AUGCUCUUGCCAGUGUUUGCAUCGUGUCUCUCCGCCUUUUCUCUCGCGACACUAGUGUCUGCAGCACCUGCCGCUUCGUCCUCAGCUGCAGCGGUUCCCUCGAGCGCUUCGCAGCUGGCCUCGAGCCCCGCUGCCUCCCAGACCGUUUCUGCGCCUGAGGCCACGGCGACCGUGCCAUACGCCAGUGCCGAUCCCAAUGCACCGAUGUGGGGCCCCGAUGACUCAGACACCACGCUGGCGCCAAUCCGAGGCUCCCUCGGUGCGCCCAUCAUGGGCCCAGAGAACUACCCACUCGAGCAACAGAACCCCGAUCUUCUUGCGCCGCCGACAACCGACGCCGGUAGCGUGAGCAACGCAAAGUGGCCGUUCUCGUUGAGCCACAACCGCAUGCAGACCGGCGGGUGGGCACGGCAGGAGAACAUCGGUGUGAUGCCUAUUGCAACCUCUAUGGCUUCCGUAAACAUGCGACUUGAACCCGGAGCGAUUCGCGAGCUCCACUGGCACAAGACCUCAGAAGUGCUGGGCAUAUGUCCUCAAGGCACGCGCCACCAACAACGCCCCUGUGCGGGAGCUGAUAUUUCUUCCCAGGGUUCGACACAGGUGACCUCCGUAGACGCGGAGGGAAGGAACUUUUUAGCAACCGUGGGACCCGGUGAUCUCUGGUUCUUCCCCCCUGGCAUCCCACACAGUUUGCAGGCAACAAAUGACAGCGCCGGCGGCUCCGAAUUCAUUCUCGUCUUUGACGACGGAGCCUUCAGCGAGGACUCGACAUUCCUGUUGACCGAUUGGCUUGCACACGUCCCCGCAGAAGUUAUCCAGAAGAACUUCCAGGCCAACCCCGACGCGUUCUCGCACAUCCCCGCGAAAGAGCUGUACAUUUUCCCCAGCGAGCCGCCGAGCUCGGAUGCGGUCGCUCCCGACAGCCCGCAGGGCCAGGUUCCCAACCCGUUCACCUUUGCGUUGUCUAAGGUCAACGGCACGAAGACAGCUGCGGGCUCCGUCAAGAUCGUUGACUCGACGAGCUUCACGGUCUGUUCCGGGUAUCGAACACCAUCGCGGCGGCUGAAGUCACCGUUGAACCUGGUGCUAUCCGGUAAAUAUCAUCUGCAUAUGUGUGAACGGCUGCUCAUACACUGUUGUUGCAGAGAGCUUCACUGGCAUCCAACGAUGGAUGAGUGGAGCUUCUUCAUCGAAGGCCAAGGUCGUGUCACUAUCUUCGCAUCCCAAGGAAACGCAAGGACAUUCAACUAUCAACCCGGCGAUAUCGGGUUCGUUCCAACCGCCAUGGGACAUUAUGUGGAAAACACCGGGAACACGACGUUGAGGUAUCUCGAGAUCUUCAACACGGACAAAUAUCAGGACAUCAGUCUCAACCAGUGGCUUGCACUCACCCCUCCUGACCUUGUCAAGGCGCAUCUGCAACUCUCGGACGAAACCAUCGCCAGUCUUUCCAAGACCAAGCCCGUGGUCAUCGGUCCCAAAGAUGCGGCCCCGGAGUACCAGUAA